AAGAGCUUUGUUUUUCAGGUCCUCUUGGUGGAUGAUACUCAUCGCACGUUUUUCAUGGAGACGGGGAAGCAAAUGAUUUCAGGCUUAAUGGUGAAGGCGAAUAAGGUAAACGCUGUUCCUUUGGUCUCUCACGUAUUAACUCGUCCUAUUUGGAUAAACGAGACAAGCUUAUGUUUCUGUGGACAUGUUCGCACAGAUGGUUAUUAGUAGUUCCCGUGUUAUUUUCGGUUGUUGCUUUAAUGCAGAGUCCCAAAGCCUUCCUGGAGAGCUAUGAGGACAUGCUGCUUUACACCAAGAGAGAAGAAACGUGGAGCGUCACAAAGAUGGAGCUCGAGGGUCGAGGGGUGGUGUAUAUGAACUUCUUCGACAUCGUAUUGGACUUCAUCCUCAUGGACUCAUUUGAAGACCUGGAGAACCCUCCCUCCUCUGUGGUCGCCGUGCUGAGGAACCGCUGGCUCUCCGACAGCUUUAAAGAGACGGCUCUGGCCACUGCUUGCUGGUCUGUCCUUAAAGCGAAAAGGCGUCUUCUUAUGGUCCCUGAUGGGUUUAUCGCCCACUUCUAUGCCAUAUCGGAACAUGUGAGCCCCGUUUUAGCUUUUGGGUUUUUGGGACCCAGGCAGCAACUCAGUGAAGUGUGCACCAUUUUCAAGCAACAUAUCCUGCAGUACCUGAAGGAUAUGUUCGAUCACGACAAGGUCCGCUUCACCUCGGCUCAGUGCUUGGCCGAGGACAUCCUGAACCUUUCCCACCGCCGGAGUGAGAUUUUACUCGGGUACCUGGGGAUCAACGGCCUCCUGGAGCUCAACGGGGCCCCGCCGAGAGACACAGAGGGCCCUUCAGAGCCCAACUGAGGCUACUCGGGUCACCAGGGGGCGUCCGACUUUUUGGGACUUUGGUGACAUCAUGGAGACUUCCUAAAAACACCUGAAGAGAGCGCUCCCAUCACAGGAGGACCAGGCCGUCUACACUAUUAUUUCACAAGGAUGGAGUCUCUGAGAACGAGAGGUUGCAUUGUAACCUUCCAUUCCUCGGACUUGUGGAAUAUCAUAGUCUUCAUAAUCGCGUGAAAAGAAUCGGCGUGUGAGAAAUGUGCGUUUGUAAGUUUAUACUGAAAGGGGGGAAGGAUAUUGGCGAAGAACCAUCAUAAUUCCUGGCAGGCUUGGCCAGCUGAAGACUUGAAGGAGUUUGUCUCCUCAAUCUGAAGAAGUGUUUAUUUAAUCCAGUUUGGUUGAAUUGCGCAAACUUAGAUGUCACAUAUCCAAGAGAUGUUUUUUUUUUAAAUGCAAAAAUAUACCAUGUAAAAUUAGUGAAGUGUGUUCCCACGUUGCUCAUAUUGACGUUUGAUUAUCCCAAAGUGUUGCGUCGACCCCACGGCCAUCUUCUCUCGCAGGGAUCCAGCUAAGAUGCAAGCGCUUUGUAAUAGAUGAAAUUAUUCUGAUUAAUUUUAGGUGCCACAGAGAAAGAAACUUCCCACUACCAAUAACCCAAUGUUACUUAAACCGGUCACACCUGUGCUUUCCCUUCUGUGAGCGGUCAACAAUAUCUGUCUGUUCUAAAGGUUCAGAAACACACAUGGAUAUUUUUCCGUACACACAUUUUCAAAUUGAACCAACCUCUCAAUCAAACGGUGCCAUCUACUCGUUGUAGCUUAGUUUCAGGAGGACGUGAUGAAGAAGCGGACGUCGUACAGUCCGACUGUCACCGACAUGAGUGCACUGAUGAUCACCUGACCGCUCUUUGCUUCCUGUUGUUGGAAAAUGCAUCGGAGCACAGAGACAUGCCAAGAAAAACUCAACUCACGUCUGCUGAUCCCGACAUUGAUAACUCCGCCACUGUAAAAGCAGAUGUGUGUUAUGCAGACUUUGGUUUGUUUGUUUUUUUUAAAAAACUGUCAAAUACUGAAUUAUCUGAAUGGAAUGUGAUGAAAAGAUUAUUUAUCUGAACGCCGUGUGUGUGACCAACAAAAGAGAAAAAUAUUUCUGUCAAAUAACUUUUGGGGUCUCUUAAUAGUUGUAUCAUACAAAUUAAUCAUUAUGAUACAUAUGUGUGUGUUUUUGUGGUCUUGAAUACCCAAAGCCUGCUCUGGUUGCAACACGGCUCUGAAGUUCAGAUGUUCAAGGUGACAGAGAUGAUGAUGAUGAUGUUUCCACAGCGGUGUGUUCAGUCGGCGCCGUGGGGAUCAUUUCUGUUUCGGGUCCAGCAUUCGCAUCCAACUGUGGAUCGAGCUGCUACUGGACAAAAAGACGCUUUUGUUUUGCAUACCUGCAGCUUUGUGUUUGGAGGCAUUUUGCACUUUAUCAGGUGAAGCAGAAAGUUAGAGGAAUGUCCAACAACCCUUUUUAUAUAAUCAGUUUGAACAAUAUAGAAAUAGAGAAGUAAGCGUUGCGUCAUAGAUCUGACAUACUAUCGAUAACAUGAGGCUUAAAUGCUGUACAGUAUAUGGAAAAUAUCUUUCCUAGGAUAAAAAUAUAUAUUUUAAGGAAGUUCUUUAUUCUGAUUACAACGUUUCUGUUUUUCGUCUCCAUGUUUUGAAAUGGUCAAAUUCUCAAAUUUCAACUUUUGACUGGUUGUCCUGAUCCAUUGUCCCGCGUCGUGGUCCCGUUAACGUCGACUACCAUGUAUAUUUGCAACUGUGUCAAUCGUGCAGGUCGACGCCAUUCUGGAGAGCUGGUAAUGUGUCGUCUCUCGUUGUGCUUCUCCUCAAGUCCUGAGCGUGAAUGAUCAGAGAGGAAUGCAUGUUGACAGUCGAGCUUCUCUGAAAUGCAUCAAUCGGUGUGUCUUCGCAACUUUUUUCGUCUCGGCUCUAAAUUUUUGUUCGAUUUUAAGUUAACUCGUAACGACUUGAAUGUCAGGAUUUUUGAAUGAACUCUCGAGGAUAUAUAUUCUAUAGAUUGUGUUACGAGGAUUCCACACGGCCAAAAUCUAGAAAGACUUUUUUUGUUUUUUUGUUUCACUGAUGUACAUUACAAGUGUCCUCUUCAUGCCUUUUUUUUGGUCUUUUCUAUUGUUAAAUUAAAAUGCCAGCACAAACUGUAAAUUAAUUUUUAAUUCUCCAUGUUAAAUGUGAUUUUUGUUAUUAAACUAUACAUUUAUUAUGCCUUUUCCCAACUGAUGACUGCUCGAUGUGUUUUGUGUCGCGCCAGGAAUUUCCUAAAACUCAAGAUUAUUUUAUUAGAGUUUAAUUGAGGUUUAUUUUUAAAAGAAUUAUUAAUUCUAAAUAGAUCAGAAUGUAUUAAUGAGUGAGAUAAAUGGUUAUAAUGGUCCUGUAAAUAUCAGGAGUCAGUAAUGGGAGUGUCCACUAUGUGGCAGAGACACUGCAGUGUAUUAUAUACACAGAUCCCUAUACUAUUAUAAUUAAAAACAAUGUUAUUAUGAUCAUUCCUGCAGCAAUAACGAAGGUUCAGAUCAUGAAUAAGUCGUGUUGAAUCUGUGUUGUUCUGUUGGCUGCAACAGUAAAUAAAGUGUGACAUUUGA